AUGACCUUGCUUUUCCUUUCUUUUUCUCUUUUGAAUAAUCCGGUCUGGAGCGAUGGAAGACCCUUAGCGAGUGGCGCGAGGAAUAAAAGAAGGGGGGUUGGGGAACCCGGGCGCGAGCAGGACUGGAAGCGGCCGCAACGCGGUGGUUCCUGCUUACGGCCGUGUCAGGUCAUGAUGAUGGGCAGCACCCGCGUGGCCGAGCUGCUGCUGUGCCACGGCGCGGAGCCCAACUGCGCCGACCCUACCACCCUCACCCGACCUGUGCACGACGCGGCCCGGGACGGUUUCCUGGACACGCUCGUGGUGCUGCACCGAGCCGGCGCGCGGCUGGACGUGCGCGAUGCCUGGGGCCGCCUGCCCGUGGACCUGGCUGAGGAGCGGGGCCACGGCGCUGUCGCCGGGUACCUGCGCGCAGCCGCGGGGGGCACCGAAGGUGGUAGCCACGCCCUUACGGAAGUUGCGGAAGGUCCCGGCAGACAGCCCGGACUUAAAGAAUGAUUGAGAUCUAAAGACACCUCAAAAUGGUUUGAUCUUCAAUCAACAAGUAAAUUACCCCACCCCACCCAACUUGCCUGCCUUCUUAGUUGCCAUUUAUCAAAUAGCGCUUUUUAACACUGUAGACUGCUUCUCCUUCCCCUAGAUUUCCAUUUGUAUUUUCAUUUAUACAUUGUUAUAAAAGGUAAAAAA